GAUAUAAGCACCAAUAGAAAGAGAAUGAGACACGAUAACAGUUUUUUCCUCUUCCAAGACAUCGAUAAGGGUUGUAAGAAGGGAUUGAGAUACUGAGUGCGACUAUUCUGAUCCUCCUGUGUGUGUUAUAAAGAUGGCGUCGCUGCUGCGUAUUUCAGUGACCUGUCUGGAUGCGGGCUCACUCGGGACCGCGGGGAGCCGGAGCCGCCUGCUGAACUCCGUGCGUGGCCUCAGGACCCACUCACGGCUGCAGGAGGCCGCCAAGCCCGCCGAGGCCAUCCCAGGCAUCCCCUACAAGAACCUGACCAUCGGCGUGCCCAAGGAGAUAUGGCAGAAUGAACGCAGGGUGGCCCUCGCACCUACCUCAGUGGCGGCCCUGUGCAAGAAGGGGUUCUCGGUGUCCAUUGAGGAUGGGGCCGGGGUGCAGGCCAAGUACCUGAACAGUGCGUAUGAGGAGGCCGGCGCCAAGAUUGUUGACCGCAAUGCUGCCUUCACCUCAGACAUUGUGCUGAAGGUGCGGCAGCCAGCAACGGAAGAGGUGGCUCUGUUCAAGGACGGCGGCUCCCUGGUGUCCUUCAUGUACCCCGCCCAGAACAAGGAGCUGCUGAACCAACUGGCUGCCAAGAAGAUGACUGUCUUUGGCAUGGACUGCGUGCCGAGGAUCAGCCGAGCGCAAGUGUUUGAUGCAUUGAGCUCCAUGGCCAACAUCGCCGGCUACCGUGCAGUGGUGGAGGCGUCCAACCACUUCGGCCGCUUCUUCACCGGCCAGAUCACCGCAGCCGGCAAGGUUCCCCCGGCCAAGGUGCUGGUGAUUGGCGGCGGUGUAGCGGGUUUGGCGGCAGUUGGUCAGGCCAAGAACAUGGGUGCCAUCGUGAGGGCCUUCGACACCAGGGCAGCAGUCAAGGAGCAGGUGGAAUCCUUCGGGGCAGAGUUCCUGGAGGUCAAUGUCAAGGAGUCUGGCGAGGGCACAGGCGGUUAUGCUAAGGAGAUGUCGAAGGAGUUCAUUGAGGCGGAGAUGGCGCUGUUUGCCAAGCAGGCCAGGGACGUGGACAUCAUCAUCAGUACGGCUCUCAUCCCCGGGAAGAAGGCGCCGGUUCUCAUCAAGAGGGAACACGUGGAGGCCAUGAAGCCGGGGUCAGUCGUGGUUGACUUGGCAGCAGAGGCAGGUGGCAACAUCGAGACCACCGUGCCGGGCGAGGUGUCAGUGUACAAGGACGUGACACACAUCGGCCUGACUGACCUGCCCUCCCGCCUGCCCACCCAGUCCUCGUUCCUGUACGGCAACAACAUCUCCAAGUUCCUGCUGUCCAUCGGUGAGAAGGACCACUUCAAUAUCAACCUGGAGGACGAGGUGGUCAGGGGCUCCAUCAUCCUGCAGAACGGACAGCUCAUGUGGCCCCCCCCACCCCCUCCCGAGCCCUCCCCUGGUGCGGUCCCGGCAGCAGCAGCACCGGCGGCCGUGAAGGAACCUCCCCCACCACCCAACUACUUCACCAUGACCUUGAAGGAUGCCUCUGCCUACGCUGCUGGUCUGGGCAGCUUGAUGGCACUGGGUAUGGGCUCACCUAACCCCGCCAUGACCCAAAUGAUGACCACCUUCUCCCUGGCCGGCAUUGUUGGCUACCACACCGUCUGGUCUGUCACCCCUGCCCUCCACUCCCCUCUCAUGUCUGUCACUAAUGCCAUCUCUGGCAUCACGGCGGUGGGUGGGCUGCUGUUGAUGGGUGGCGGAUACUACCCCACCAACAUCAUCGAGGGUCUGGCCGCCACCGCUGCCUUCAUCUCCUUCAUCAACAUCUUCGGUGGCUUCCUGGUGACACAGAGGAUGCUGGACAUGUUCAAGAGGCCCACUGACCCUCCGGAGUACACCUAUCUGUACGGCAUCCCAGCAGCAGUGUUCCUGGGAGGCUACGCUGCCACAGCUGCCAGCGGUUACCCUGAGAGCCACCAGAUGGCAUACCUGGCUGCCUCGCUGUGCUGCGUGGGUGCCCUGGGUGGCCUCUCCAACCAGUCCACCUGCAGGCUGGGCAACACGCUGGGAAUGAUCGGCGUGUCUGGCGGCAUUGCAUCCACCAUCGGGGCGCUGACGCCCGCCAUGCCAGUGCUGGUGCAGAUGGGUGGUGCUGCUGCCCUGGGCGGUGCCAUCGGCACCACCAUCGCCAAGAAGAUUGAGAUCACUGACCUGCCACAGCUGGUGGCUGCCUUCCAUAGCUUGGUGGGAGCGGCUGCAGUUCUCACCUGCAUCUCCACGUACCUCCACGACUUCCCCAACUUUGCCACGGACCCUGCCGCCAAUGCCAUCAAGACUGCCCUGUUCCUCGGCACCUACAUCGGUGGCGUGACCUUCAGUGGCUCCCUGGUGGCCUACGGGAAGCUGCAGGGGCUCCUCAACUCUGCCCCGCUGCUGUUGCCUGGCCGACACGCCCUCAACUCUGGCCUGCUGGCGGCUAACAUUGGCGCAAUGGGCUGGUACAUGAUGGACCCCUCUCUCAACGUUGGCUUGUCUAUGCUGGGCACCACCACCACCCUCUCUGCCGUUAUGGGCGUCACCCUCACCAUGGCCAUUGGAGGUGCGGACAUGCCGGUGGUCAUCACAGUGCUCAACAGCUACUCUGGCUGGGCGCUGUGUGCUGAGGGCUUCAUGCUGAACAAUAACCUCAUGACUGUGGUGGGCGCUCUCAUUGGGUCCUCUGGUGCCAUCCUCUCCUACAUCAUGUGCAAGGCCAUGAACCGAUCCCUCCCUAACGUCAUCCUGGGCGGGUUCGGCACCUCCUCCACCGGCACCGGCAAGCCCAUGGAGAUCACCGGCACCCACACGGAGACCAACGUGGAGCAGACUGUGGAGAUGAUGGUCAACGCCAAGAACAUCAUCAUUGUGCCAGGCUACGGUCUGUGCGUGGCCAAGGCGCAGUACCCCAUUGCUGAGAUGGUGGACAUCCUGCGCAAGAAGAACAAGAACGUGAGGUUUGGCAUUCACCCUGUGGCGGGACGCAUGCCGGGUCAGCUCAACGUGCUGCUGGCGGAGGCUGGCGUGCCCUACGACGUGGUUCUGGAGAUGGACGAGAUCAACGACGACUUCCCAGAGACUGACUUGGUGCUGGUGAUCGGCGCCAACGACACCGUCAACUCUGCCGCAGAGGACGACCCCAACUCCAUCAUUGCCGGCAUGCCCGUCCUCAGGGUGUGGAAGUCCAACCAGGUCAUUGUGAUGAAGAGGUCCCUGGGUGUGGGGUACGCUGCCGUUGACAACCCCAUCUUCUUUAAGCCCAACACCAACAUGCUGCUGGGAGACGCGAAGAAGACGUGUGAUGCUCUCCUUGUUAAGCUCAAGGAACAGUAUGAGUAAACAGGACUGCCUUCUCCUCAUAAACUUUCAUCUUCCGUCUUCUCUUCUUUCUGUCUCUCUCUUUCUCUCUUUCUGUGUCCUAAUAUCUUCUCUUCUGUUCUUUGUUCUCUUCUCUUUCUUCUAAAUCUGGUCUCCUCUUUCUCCUAUUCUUGCAUUUUUCUCUCUUCCUCUUUGUGCUUCUCUCCCAUUCAUUCCCUUUUUUGUUUUUCAUUCUUCUAACUUUUCCUGCUCCUCCAUCUCUCCUCUUCUUCCUCCUGUUCAUAUCUUAUUACCGUAUUUUUAUCCUUGUUUUCCUUCAUUUCUUUUCUUAUCUUCAUUAUUUCUUCCAUUUCUCAUCUUCCUCCUCUCUUAUACUUUUCUUCCUCCUUUCUCUUCCUAAUCCCUCUCUUUGUUCCCUUUUUUAGUAUAUAUACACAUUAGUUCUCUUCCUUUCUCUUUUAUUUAGUCUCCCGUAUAGAAUCAAUAACGACCCCCCCCCACAGGGAACAAUAAUGAUAAUACUCCCUUUGGCACUGUAUAAAUAUCAAGGCAGAUUGUAUGAAAAAAUCUGCUACCUCCCUUCCAUUAUCCUUUAGCCCACUUUCCUCCUAAACUUAACCGACCCUUGAUUCCCUCUCAUUAUUCCUUAUCCCUUGAAUCCUGUUGUAAAAAGUGAUGUAUUUUUUUUUCUAGCAUUUAUCCACGGGUGUUCGUGUAAAUGCAACUGUUUCUGGGUAAAAGUAAAAAAAAUAUGCAGUAGGAGAUUGGACUUAAUGGCAACACGCCCCAUAGCUCUCGUACAGAGUUUUUGGAAUUAUUGUACGGACGUGAGAAUGUUGUGAGAUUGAAUAAAGACUUAUUUUAGUGUAAAGAAUUAAAAAAAAAGGAAAUAUUACCAAAAAAAUUACAA